AUGGCACCGACAGACAUAGCCAAGCUCCAGGAGCACCUGGCCCAGCACCCGAGCAUUAAGCUCAUCACGCGCGAGGACCCCGACUUCGAAGCCGUGCGGGCAUGCUUCGUGAAGCGCCCGGCCAAGCCGUCCGCCAUUGCCCGCCCCCAGUCCGCCGAGGACGUGCAGGCCUUGGUCCGCUACUGCGUCGGUAACGGCGUCGACUUCAACGUCCGGGCCGGGGGGCACGACUGCGCGGGUCGGAGCCAGGUGCACGACGCCCUGACCAUCGACCUGCGAGACCUCCACCACGUGCGCAUCAGCGACGACAAGACGACCGCGAGCGUCGGUGGCGGCAUCCUGUUCCGCGAGCUCACCAAGGCCCUGGGCGAGGAGGACCUGGUCACUCCUGUGGGCACUAUUGCCUCGGUCGGCUACGUUGGCUGGGCUAUACUUGGGGGUUACGGCCCGUUCUCGACGAGCUAUGGUCUGGGAGCCGACCAGAUCGUUGGCGCCAAGCUCGUGGAUGCGAAAGGCGAGCUCAUUGACGCUAGCGAGGAGCUCCUGAAAGGCAUACGCGGAGGUGGUGGUAUCUUUGGGGUCAUCGUCGAGUUGACGGUAAAGGUCUACCCCUUGAAAGAGCUCCUCACGUCGUUGCUGGUCUUCAAAUCUGGAGAUCUAGUGAAGGACUGGACGACGUAUACCCAAGGCUUCGAGGACCUGGUCGCCAAGGGAGAUUUCCCCACAACUCUGAGCCUCCAACCGUUCGGCAUCGAGUUUCCAGGGGCCGGGAAGGUGCUCGCCGUCGGCGCCACCUGGUCGUCCCCGGACCACGAGGAAGGCCGGAAAUGGAUCGACAAGAUCGCAUCCGAGCUGGGCGUCUGCGUCAUGAACUCGCCCGCGCCGAUGUCCCUGAAUGCCUACUGCGAGGCCAACGAGAAGAUGGUCGCCCACGGCUCGUACGGCCGCGCCCACACCCUGAGCUUCAAGAGGUUCACCCCCAAGAUGUCGGAGAUCCUGGGCAGGCACACAGAGCUCCUGCCGGGUGGGGGUAUAGCCUUCUGCGUGCACAUGCUGCGCGCCCCGGCCGCGAGCGAGCAGUCCGUAUUCGGCGCCCGCGUUCAGCACCAGAUGCUCGAGCUGAUCUCGCUGACACCCGACGAGACGCUCGAGGCGAGGGGCAAUGACUGGGCGUUAGCGGUUAAGAAGGAUCUGCUGGAGCAGGAACCGGAAAAUAUCUUGGAGUCCUCGUUCGUGCCGCUGCUGGGCGAGGAUGAUGCUAAUUAUAAGAAGGUCUAUGGGCCGCACUACGAGACGCUGGUGCGGCUCAAGAAGAAGUAUGACCCGGAGAACGUGUUCAGGCAUGCUGUGCCGAAGAUACUGGGAUAG